GCGGCGGCCUCGCGAGAUGCCCGCCGAAAUUGCGGCGCUGCCCGUGGCGGGGCGGCCACGGUGCCGCCGCAGCGGCCGCUAUGCCCGGUAGCCGGCGGAGGGGGCUGUCCCUCAGGCCCGCCGCCCUGAGGAGGCGCAGCGGCGGCGAGGAGCAGUUCACCCGGCUGCGGGCGGAGCUCCCCGCGGAGGAGGGGGCGGUGGAAGGCGGCGCGGGCCGAGGCCUGCCCGCCGGGGAGGCGGCGUGCUCGCCCCCCGCUGCAGAACCAUGUUUGCAUAAGACACCAAAGAGAUCAUUGAGUAGGAAAUCCCGAAUACCUACUUUCAGCUCUCCUAUUAAUGACACUGAGACACAGCAAGAAAUCUUUUGGGAUUCUCAUUCACCAGUUGCGCACAGACUAGGCAGUGGAAAAACCAAGCAGUCUACCAGUACAUGCGCAGUAGAAAUUUCGGAAAUUGUUAAUCGUAUUGCUCCUCAGGAUGAAAAAGCAGCCUGUAAUGAAGACUCCCUUUUAGGAACAUGGAUUGGUGAGGAUGCUAUUCCCUGUACACCUGUAGUAGUAAAAGGGCGAGCUAGGACAAAGUUAAAUUGCACAAGAGACCUUAAAAUAAAAAAUCCUGAAGAGGAACUAAUGAAAUUGGCUAAGGAGUUUGAUAAAAAUCUAGUAGAGUUAGAUGCUGUUCAGGAACAGAAGAAGCUUGGUCACAACUUCAUCCAGAACACCUCAGAGCUUUCAAGUAAUUCUAAAGAUGAAAUAAAUAUGAAGAACCAGAAAUCACUCCUUGCUGAGGGUUCUGAAACAGAUACUGCUGUGUCCAUGAAACCAGUUGGACAGAGCACUGGCAUCCCUGUGGCAGAGCCCUGUCAAUCCAGCAGUCAGAAGUCUGUAGACCUUGAGGCUGAAGUAGCCCUUCAUGCUCUUUUUGACUCCUCUACCCAGAAGUGCAGUGGACAUUUGAGCCAAGGGCUGUCAGAUAUUUCUUUAAAUAAUAGUUUUCAUAAAAUUAAAAGUACCUUGGAGGAGGAGAACCUUCCUGAGAAAGUUGAGGUCGUGCAAAAAGAUACUAUGUUUGCUGUGGGAAGUGUGGACCAGACUGUACCAAAACCUGAUACUGACACCCUGACAAAAAAUCCUCAUUUGAAGACACAGUUGGUGGCCUCUGCUAAGCUUGCUGGAGUAGUUAAUGAUGACUUUGAUGACUGGGAUACAGAUCUUUUGGCAGAUGACUCUUUUGUGAUGCAAAUAACCCAAAAUCCUGAAUUGAUAAGUACUGAAGAAUCACCACAAAUUCCUGCAAAUCCACUUGUGCAUGAUUUCAGUGAUGCUAGCAGAACAAAGCAAAGAAGUAGUGGCAAUUCAGCAGCUCUUUCGGGGACUGUAAACAAAUCUAACAGUUUGCAGUAUUCACCUUUGAAACAUUCUAGUAAAAACUCACAAAAUGUUGUAAAAUCGCUGUCUUUACAAAAGCCAUGUAAGACAAAAAACUCAGAGACUCAUGUCUUGCAUGGCAAAUGUGAUGUUAAGCCAGAUAAAAUUAAAUCUGUUUGGAAGAGUGCCCAAAACAGUGAUUUGAACCAUGUUCCUGUUUCAGUGCAAUCAGAAAUGAAGAAUGGAAAUGAAUCUACUAAGCCUAAAAGUGAAGCUCUUCCUCUUUUCCCUUCAAGGUAUAAUCAUCAGAGACAAUCAGGAGUAAAAUCUGGGAAUAACACUCAUACUAUUUCCUGUCAGUCAUCCAGUGUUUCUACCAACAUGAAACCUAAUGAUCUAAUCAAAGUGGUUAACCAGGCUAAUACAGGUCACUCAAAUCAAGUUGAAAUACCAAAGAAAUGUCCUCUGUCAUUUGAUGAAUGGAAUGAAGCAAAAUUCUCCGAUGAUGUAUUGGGUAUGUUUUGCAGAUCUGAUAGUCUUUGGGAUGCAAACUAUGAGGACGAUGAAUUGUUAUAUCAGGUGUGUGAUGAUAUAGAAAAGCAGACUCAGAGCCAGGAUGUUAAACAAGGAAAUGAAAAAACUAAAACUAUUCAAGGAGCCAGUGUUAAUUUCAGAUCAAAUACUGAUAGCGUCUUCCUAGCAUCUAAACAAGGACUACCUGAUCUCCUCUUGGUGCAAAAAACAAAUGCAAAACAGCAGGAUGCUCCCUCACUAAAUGAUUCCUGUAGGAAUUCAUCAAAUAUAGUGCAUGGGCUGGCCACAACAGGUCAUGUAGUGAGCUGUAAGAAUACCUCAAAUCCUCAGACUGUGAUCUCAGGUCCUUCUGUGGAGUGUAAAUACACACUGCCUAAAAACUGUCAUCAAGAUGCUUCUGAAGAUACUGCAAAGACUGUUUCAGGGAAAUGGUACAGGUCAAAUUCUGUGCCAGCAGGAGAGACAGGUUCAGAAGGAAGUCCUGUAAAUGCAGUAAAUGUUUUUAGUAGAAAAGCACUUGACAGUUCACAUUUCUUGCAUAAUGUGGGAAAGAUUCCAAGUAGCAGCUCUGGUAUUAAAACUUCACUUGUGCCUUCAAAGUUCAAGUUCCGAAAGAUUAACAAUUCUGAGAGUUCUCUUCGUGUAGGGUCUGAAAAUCCAGGGAAUCAUUCUGGCAUUGGAAUUACACAGCAGGAUUUGGAAGGAAGCAAGAAUCAGGUGAAUGUGACUUUGCACAGCAAGCUUGACAAUAAGAAAUCACCUUUCAAGAGGCACCUUUCAGAGUCUUUUGCACAGACUACAUCAGCGUCUGUGGUAGAGCAAAAAAAUAGAAAAUGUUCUCAAGAAGAGAUUGAAAGAAAAAAACAAGAAGCUCUUGCACGAAGAAAAUCCCGAACACAGGCAUUCUUUAAAGAUGCUUGAACUUGGAGUGUAUUUUGACUGUGGAGUAAGUUUUUGGUAGGGAAAUACUGUAAUGCUAGAAGACACUUUUUAACUCUGUUCGCAGCUAUUGAUGGCUAGUUUUUUAUAUUUUCCAAUAUAAAAUGAUCUGGACCUGAACCAUAACUAAUACUCUGUAGGUACUUAGUUUUAUUUAUUAUAAGCAGUUAUAAAUGUGUAGUCCCAAACUACAUUCAGCUGGAUGAAGAUUCUGUUGAAUUCACAUGUUGAAAUGAUAUGGCCUGAAAAUGGUUAAAGUAUUGGUAUACAUGCAUAAUGAAGGUGUUAAAAACAGACUAGAUGUGUUUUGGCUGUAUUAUUGCAAGUAUUCUGAUCUAUAAGAAGACUCUCAAGUACACACAGACUAAGAAAUACUAAUGUUUGCUCUCAGGUAGAAUAAAGUUUUAAAAUUUUGAGUUAAAUAAAGUACAAUCUAGGAAACAUCCGACAUUGGAAAACUAAUGGAAAUGAACAGACUCUGUUACCUGAGGUAAGAACUGUAAAUAAAGAAGUAAGAAUUUAAUAUAAAAGUUUCAUUGUGCAAAAAAGUAUCGUGCAGAGGGGAUGUUAUAUUCUUUUAAAUUCCUUUCAAGAAGAACUGGAAAUACUCUAUGGAAUUUGGACCACCUUUUUUAAAUGCACAUCACUAAGCUAAUUGAAAAGUGUAGCCUAUGCCUUUUUACAAAACCAUGAGCAAUAUAUAAUACACCAUGUGGAAUCACUACAACUAUGCAUCAGUUUAGCUAUAUGGGUUGUACAUAUUUUGAAUCUAAAGGCUGUUAAAUUAUAAAAAUGCCGUGUCAUGUCAGCUUAAUGGGCUGAUAGAAAUUUCAAUCUGAUAGAUGGGUUUAGAGCUCAGAUUGCAAAAGCUGCCUCUGGGUAAGCUGCAAGAUAUUUUUCAGCUGAGAAAUGCUUAUAUGUAAACAUGUGACACUGGAAAGUGACUGUAAUUUUUCUUUGUAAAUAAAUAACUUGAAAAUGUUCCUCUAAAGGUCGGAGGGAGCUUUUUUUGUUUUUGUAAUUCUUAAAAAUGUAAGUAUUGUAUAUUUGUAAGUCAUCAUUAAACUUUUUUCCACA